UCUCAUUCGUUUCAGGAAGGAAAGAGUAGCCGUAGUUGCUGACAUUCAAAGCAUGUUUCACUCAUUUCUGGUGGAUGAAGGCCAUCGUGACUAUUUACGUUUCUUGUGGCAUUAGGAUAAUGACUUUGAAAAACCACUGGUUACUUACCGCAUGAAAGUUCACGUAUUUGGCAAUCGCUCCUCUCCUUCCGUGGCAAUGUAUGGUUUACGUCACAUUGGUGAGCUAGCUGCUAAGACCCAUGGACAGGAAGUGAAAGACUUCAUUGUGAACGACUUUUACGUAGACGACGGCUUGAAAUCUUGUGCAACUAUUUAUGAGGCAAUCAGCCUCAUACACAAAACUCAAGAUGCCAUGAAGGAGUAUGGUAACAUAAGACUUCACAAAUUCGCAUCUAACGUCAAAGAAGUUAUGGAAGCCUUUGAUUCUAAUGACCUUGCCAAGAACCUUGUUGACCUGAAUUUCGAUAAGGAUGCCUUAACUCAAAGCAGUCUUGGACUUCUGUGGGACUUACAGACAGAUACCAUUAGAUUCAAAGUUUCUAGUGAAAACAAACCGUCUACAAGGAGAGGUGUACUUUCUGUUGUGAACCGUCUUUAUGAUCCUCUCGGAUUCAUCGCCCCCGUUAUUAUUCAGGGCAAGAUUAUUUUGCGGAAAGUAGUGUCAGACACGUCAGACUGGGAUGAAGCCCUACCUGAUUACCUAUUUGAAGAAUGGGAGAAAUGGAAGAAUAACUUACCCGACUUGGAAAAGUUACAAAUUCCUCGAGUGAUUGUUCCUAAUCUGAGCGAAGCACACAGGAAAGAACUACUCAUUUUCUGUGAUGCAUCCGAACUAGCCAUAGCUGCUGUUUGCUAUUUAAAGGCGCACUAUCCCGAUGGUUCUACUUCUCAAGGCUUCGUUUUAGGGAAAGCAAAAGUGGCCCCUGUCAGUGGACAUACAAUCCCUAGACUAGAACUUUGUGCCGCGGUACUUGCUGUGAAUGUAGGACAAACAGCAAAAGAACAGCUAAAGAUAGAAAUAGACGAUGUGAAAUAUUUUAGUGACAGUCGGAUUGUGUUAGGAUACAUAAACAAUGCUAAGAAACGAUUUUUUGUGUACGUCGCUAAUCGUAUUGCUCACAUUCUCAGUCUAAGUGAUCCGUCACAAUGGUCCUACAUACGUAGUGAAAUUAACCCAGCAGAUGUUAGCACGAGAGGAAUUCUCCCGAGGGAAAUGCAGAACUGUGUCUGGAUCUCUAACCUAGAAAAAACAGACAUCAUACCUUCUGAAGAACAUUUUCCUCUUGUGAGUCCCGAGGAAGACAAGGAAAUCCGCUGUAACAAAACUGACAUUGAGACAAAAUCAGCUUACGGCCUGAGCAAUGAUUUCCUCACAAAAUUCUCAAAGUGGAACAAACUUGUAGCAGUGGUUGCUAAAGUUUAUGGAUUUAUUCAGAAGUGUCGUAAAGCAGAGAGCAUGUUGAGUGAUGUUGACCUUCUGUGCAAAGCUGAAAUGGUCAUUAUCAGAGACAUUCAGCAGAAUUUCUAUUCUGAGGAAAUUGAAAACUUACAGGACUCUAAACCUUUGUCAAAAAACAGUCCUAUUCAAAAACUAGACCCGUACAUUGACAGUGAAGGCAUUUUACGUGUUGGUGGUCGUUUGCGAAACCUCAGUGCUGAUGCUUCAUUCAAGAAUCCAAUGAUUCUACCUGCAAAACAUCAUGUAACCACUCUUAUCGUCAGAAAACUUCACUCAGAUGUCAAACACCAAGGACGUCAUAUUACAGAGGGUCAUAUUCGUUCAUCUGGAUUUUGGAUCGUCGGAGGUAAAAGACUUGUGUCAUCUGUCCUCCAUAAGUGCGUCACUUGCAAGAAGCUUAGAAAAGUACCAGAAUACCAGAAAAUGUCUAACUUACCUGAGGAUCGUCUCAUACCAGGACAACCACCCUUCUCUAACGUUGGAGUUGACAUUUUUGGACCGUGGAACAUUAUUACACGACGUACCAGAGGUGGCGCAGCAAACAGUAAAAGAUGGGCUGCUCUAUUCACUUGCCUCGUUACCAGGGCUGUACAUAUCGAAGUCAUAGAGGAAAUGACAUCAUCUUCAUUUAUAAAUGCGCUCCGUCGAUUUAUCGCCAUACGUGGGCCUGUUCACGUCUUUCGAUCUGACAGAGGAACAAAUAUCAUUGGCGCUGCUAAGGAGUUAAAGGUCAAUGUGAUAAAUGUAGAGGAUGAACAUCUCCACAACUUUCUCAACGAGCAGAGAACAACGUGGAUCUUCAACCCUCCCCACUCCUCUCACAUGGGAGGAGUGUGGGAACGUAUGAUUGGGAUCACCAGACGUAUACUGGAUGCUAUGCUACUUGACUACGGAUCUAGGAGUUUAACGCAUGAGGUGCUCACUACAUUCCUAGCAGAAGCUUCAUCCAUAAUCAACUCAAGACCCCUUGUGUCGGUACCUACAGAUCCUGAGAAUUCAUUUGUGUUAUCCCCAUCAACUCUACUCACUCAGAAAACAAGUGUUAAAGACAACAAACUGUUCUCUGAUCAUGUUAACAAGAGCGAGUUGUUACAGACACAGUGGAGGAGGGUACAACACUUAGCAUCCAUUUUCUGGAGACGAUGGAAGACAGAAUACUUGAACACUCUUCAGAUGCGCCGUAAGUGGAAUCUACCCCAAAGAAAUCUAUCAUCCGGUGAUGUGGUGUUACUUUGCGAUAAAGAACUACCCCGUAAUUCUUGGCCAAUGGGAAUCGUUGUCAAGUCUCUACCAAGUGAUGAUGAUCUAGUGCGUAAAGUGAUAAUUCGUACUAUCGUGAAUGGUGAACCCAAAACUUAUGUGCGCCCCGUUACGGAACUUAUUGUUCUUGUGGAACAGUGAACAUUUCUGUCAUUCAGUGCAACAGAUAUUACAAGAGACUGUAAAUUGACUGUAAUUUAAUUUAUUACAUGUUUACAUUAUCUUAAAUAUCUAUUUUGAAAUUUGAUGAUAUUAUUAAUAUCAGGCGAGGAGUGUGCCGUCUUGUAAUCCGGAAUUUUUUCUUCCGGCAUGCCUUGGUUUUCUUUUUUGUUUGUAUUUGUUAUUUCCGUGCGUGUUGCACGAGAUUUUUUCUGUCACUCGUCGCCUUACUCAGUACAUGUACAGUCAUACUGUUGUAACAGUUGUUUACUCUGCCCACAAUCUUUUCACCGUUUCGUUUCGUUAUGUUUCGUUUCGUCUCAAUAAAUCAUAAGAACAACGGUUAACUAGCUGUGGUUAUUAAU